AUGGAGGGCAUAAAUGAUGUCAACAUGGACAAAUCAGAAGAGAUCAUCAUGCCGGGGUUCCGGUUCCAUCCUACCGAUGAAGAGCUCGUUAGCUUCUACCUCAAGAAGAAGAUCCAGCAAAAGCCUAUCUCUAUUGAGCUCAUCAGGCAGCUGGACAUCUACAAGUUUGACCCGUGGGACCUCCCAAAGCUUGCGAGCACCGGUGAGACGGACUGGUACUUCUACUGCCCGAGGGACCGGAAAUAUCGCAACAGCGCGAGGCCAAACCGAGUCACAGCAGCUGGGUUCUGGAAAGCCACAGGAACAGACAGGCCGAUCUACUCCUCCGAAGACACCAGGUGCAUAGGCCUGAAGAAGUCCCUUGUCUUCUACAGAGGUAGGGCAGCAAGAGGGAUCAAAACCGACUGGAUGAUGCAUGAGUUCAGGCUUCCUUCGCUAACCGAUCCAUCACUUCCCAAGAGACCGAUCGACAAGAACAUCCCGCUCAACGACUCUUGGACCAUAUGUAAGAUCUUCAAGAAGACCAGUUCGAUGGCACAGCAAAUGGUGCUGUCUCACACUUGGGGGCCUCCAUUGCCUGGGACAACUCAGCAAGAUCUCUUCUCCGCAAUGCAACCGAUGCAAGCUUCACAUUUUGCUUCGGAGAGCUCCUCCCGCUCAUUGCAAGUUGCAGAGGCACCAGCAAGUCAGUUCAACAGCAAACAUGGGUUCCAGGGACAGCAGCAGCUUCAGAAACCCAGCAACACACAGGAUGGCUCUUCAUGCAAGGUCAUAAGCUUCAACUGCAGUCCAUCUCUGGAACUGGAAGGUCCCACCAUCUUGCCAUUCCAAACACAGACAUCACAGAAGCCCGUGCACACUGCACCACCGCUCUUCAACAUGCAGUUUGGGCAGCCUGAGCAGCAGAUCACUGGAUUUCUGGCUGAUUCUUCUGCAGAUGUAAAUGCCGGCAUGAGCUGCAGGAACCAAGAGUCAUCCACAAUGAAGCAUGGCAAUACUUUCAGUAUGAACAAUGAGUUGGAGGCUCCGGGGAGACUCAACUUCCCAUUCGAUUUAGGAGCAGACUCUUCAGAUGACUGGAAGUGCAACAUACCUUGGGAAUCCUUUCUUAGCCCAACUGUCCCUGCUGAGAUGCCACAGUACUAG